AUGAAGUAUAAGAAGUUUGCCCAGUGUAAUGGCGCACCGUGUUCUUUCAAUGCUACAUUAGGAGAAUGUCAGUGUGACUGCAAUGAAGAUCUCACAUAUGGAAGCUCUUGUCAGUAUGGUUUCAAUGAAACCAAUGUGAAGUUAGGAAGUAUUAUUGCAGAUGGCGUUGCACAAUACAGGUAUCACAACAAUGAAUCACAAAUAAACUUCCUUAAUGAACAAUUGGGAUCCAAAUUAGAAAAUCUAACGGAUCUGAGGCCAUACAUUUCCUGCAACAUAGAUUUUAGUCACUACUUAGCCGAGAUUUCCCAAGGACGCUGGUUAUGUGUUGGAUUUUGUUUAUCAGAUCCCGAUUACUGCAAUCAGCAUGGAGAGUGCUUGAAUGAAAAGAGUGGGCCAGUUUGCCAGUGUUAUGAGUCCUUCCUGAAGUCAUACCAUGGGCCACAGUGUGAUCUGUUUCACUGGGGAGCAGGAUUCUAUGCCAUACUCUUUGGAUGUCUAUCAGCAGGCCUGCUCUUGCUCAUAAUCAUUGUCAUUGUCAUUGUGGACAUUUUGGAAAUUUGCUGGUUCGACUUCCAGGAAGACAAGCUGGAGUGUACAGUGUGGAAAACGAUGUGUCUGUGUCAGAUGAAAUCGGCCCUGGAACAUUUUGGCCGCGCUUAG